AUGGCGCUGCGUGUCGGCCAGUCCGCGGCCACGCCGGCCGCGCCCGUGGUAGACGGGCGCUAUCUACUGCUCAAGUGUCUGCACGAGGGCAGUCUGGCCAACGUUCACUUGGCCACCGAUGUGCAGGCAAGUAGUGCAGUGGUGCUCAAGAUCCUGCAUACUUCCAAGCGCUCCUAUGAGCGUGAGGUGGCCAUGAUGCAGACCAUGCAAGGGGCCCCCCACGUCGUGCAAUUGCUAGACCACUUUAUCGAUGCUCAGGAGCGGCCCUGCAUUGUCAUGGCCCACAUGGAACACGGCACGCUCCUCGAGUACAUUCAACCCAAUGCACCGCACCUGCUGACCGUUGAACACGCGUGUCGGUGGGGCCGUCACCUGGUCGCUGGGGCCCUUCAGCUGGCCUUGCGCAACCUGGUGCAUGGUGACAUCAAGCCCGAAAAUUGCCUCAUCAAUGCUCGCGGUGAGCUGAUCUUGCAUGACCUCGGGUGUGCGGUCGGAGUGGGCUACAAGCACGGUGGCCAGCCUGCGGGGACCCGGGCGUAUCUCGCCCCGGAAGUUUUGUUGGGUCAGCCAUCAAGCAGUGCUCAGGAUGCCUGGGCCGUUGGGUUGGUCCUGUUUGCCAUUCUUUUUGCUGAUUUGCCGUGGGAGCGUGCCAUGCCCUCCGACCCCAAUUAUCGCUUGUACCUCCAGUCCAACUCUCUGCCCGAUCCCCACCAGCGUCUGCACCUGCUAACCCCGGCCUUCCGCACCUGGCUCCAUCGUCUUUUGGAUCCCGACCCUCGUCGACGCGCCAGUCUGGCUGAGAUGCACGCCUUCUUGCAGGCGCAUCCUGCCUGGUUUGUGAACCAGAUUGCCUCGCCCCCCUCAAGCUUGGGCUCGACGACUGAAUCGAGCUCUGCAAGUGCUCGAGCCAGUCCCUCGCCUGCAGUCUCACCUGCACCGCCAAGAGGCAGUCCCAGCCAUCAUGGUGUCACUACACAGCAGCGACCAUACGAUCAAGUCCAGCAGCAAGAGCCUUAUCAACACCAGCACCCAAAUGCCCGGCCGGGUUCCUCCGAUGCCCGACAGUUAUCGUACCAGCACAUGUUUUCACCAGCCCGGUCAUCGACACCACCGACCCCGACCACACCUCGAUCACCGACGACACCCGAGACGCCGAGCACCCGUUCCGAUGGGCAGGGCAGUAUUCAAGGACCCAUGGAUUACCGCGUGGUUCUUGGCACAUGUCCCUGA